GGACCGGCGCUGAAGCAGAGGCGAGCGUCGGCGGGGGAGGGGGGGGAGCGCUUCCCCCUCUCAGGCGGCGGCGACCGAGGCGGCGGCGGUGGGGCGAUGGCGGGGCCGGCGGGGCCGGGCUGAGCGGAGGGCCCUGCCGUCCUCCUCUUCCUCCCGUCUUCCGUCCUUCGUGCCCGGCUGGAAGCUGGCGGAGCUGGGCCGGGCCGGGGGCGCGGCGGGCCCCGCCGGCGGGAUGAUGCGCUCGCAGUGCCUGCUGGGCCUCCGGGCCUUCCUGGCCUUCGCCGCCAAGCUCUGGAGCUUCCUGCUCUACCUGCUGCGCCGGCAGGCCCGCACCAUGUUUCAUGACCAGACUGGGGAACCUCGUCAGGACUAGAAGGGAAGGAGAUUUGUGGAGAGGAAAAGGACGACGGGCCGGGGGGGGGUCUCUUGGUGCUCACUGAGGAGGAGGAGGAGAAGAAGGGAGGAAGAUUGUGGGGUCCUUGGUGUGCUCUGAGCUUGCAGACCUUUCAUGACCGAAGUGAUCCAGUAUCAAACGGUGCGCUACGAUAUCCUUCCUCUAUCCCGGGUUUCGCGGGAACGGCUGAAUCAGGUGAAGAGGAAGAUUCUCGUCCUGGACCUGGAUGAGACGCUGAUUCACUCCCACCACGACGGGGUCCUGAGGCCCACCGUGAGGCCCGGCACCCCACCCGACUUCAUCCUGAAGGUCGUCAUAGAUAAGCAUCCGGUCCGCUUUUUUGUACAUAAGAGGCCGCACGUGGACUUUUUUCUAGAAGUGGUGAGCCAGUGGUACGAGCUCGUGGUCUUCACAGCCAGCAUGGAAAUCUAUGGCUCGGCUGUAGCAGACAAGCUAGAUAAUAACAGGAGCAUCCUCAGGCGGAGAUACUACAGGCAGCACUGCACUUUGGAGCUGGGCAGCUACAUCAAAGACCUUUCGGUGGUCCAUACUGACCUGUCCAGCAUUGUCAUCUUGGACAAUUCCCCAGGAGCCUACAGGAGCCAUCCAGAUAACGCCAUCCCCAUCAAGUCGUGGUUCAGCGACCCCAGCGACACGGCACUCCUCAACCUCCUCCCCAUGCUCGAUGCCUUGAGGUUCACAGCGGACGUCCGGUCGGUGCUCAGCCGCAAUCUCCAUCAGCACCGCCUGUGGUGACGACGGCCCCUCCUUUCUUCAGGGUUUGGCGACGACCUCUGCCUUAGCCUGCUAUCGUGACUCCCCCCCCCCCUCCUCGCCAGGCGCCGCGGCUGAUAAAAGGCCUUCAGACUCAGCCGGCCACCCGGCCGGCCGGGGACCUCACCCCGUGGGACUCCGUUUCGGCCUCGCCCCGUGGCCGUCAGCCGCCCUCUCCCCCUACGGCGGCACCCUAUGGACUGGCAGCGAGCCAGCCGGGCAGAGGCGGGGAGAAGGCCGCGCCGCGUGGCACGACACCGGCGGCCCCCGUGGGGGGGGGGACCCAGACGCACAAGAAAGGGGGUGAACCGCACCAGCGACACGACGACAAGACUUUUUUUUCCCCCCAAGAGGAGGCUGCGUUUCUCAGUGGGAAGAGCACCUUGCCUCCCUCCAUCCCGGCUUUUAUUUCCUGUGGUUUUCCGUUCCCCCCAACACCCGCCAGCGAAAUCCUUGGAUAAAGUGGGGAGGGGGCUUCUUCAUCCAAGAAGGACCUUUCCGAUGACUGCCAAGUCCGGCUUUCUUUCCGCCCCCUCUCCCCCCCGUCCUUCCCCUUCUGGUGGAAGCAGGAGGGCCCUUCCGGCUCCAAAUCGGCCUGGCGGAGGACCCACCCACCCACCCACCCCCAUGCCCCCUGGCUGGGUUUUUAAUCCUUGGACUUCUGGGGUGGGCAGAGGCUCCGAAGGAGGAGACCGUAUAGGCUUGAACUGAGGUGGUUUAAAAAAAAAGAAAAGAAAAAAAAACCAAACACCGAAA